AUGGAGGAGUCGACUGGUCACUGCCCAAUCGCACGAUGUGACUGGAUUCAGCAGCGUGUGCUCACGGGCUUGAAAGAUGUGUCGCCAUUACGUCCUAAUCCUGAGCUUUCUGGCAUAGGAGUUAUUCUUGGUUUUGCAAUAACCGGGUAUCUCACCAUGAUACUCCUGAUCCUACAUUAUAUCAUAGUAUACGACUAUAAGCGCACCAACAGGCGAGGCAAGAUAUAUGUCAAUUACGUCGAUCAUGGCAUCUUAACAUUCAUUCGAGAACGUUUAUUUUCGUGGAAGCCCAAAAGACGUUUUGAGUUCGCGUUAGAGAAAGCGGUGUUACUACUCAGUGAUACUCAACUUGUGACCGGCCUGGCCAUACUUGUUUCGGGGUAUUCUCAACUCGACUGUGGCAUGUCAGCGUAUCAUUGGCAGCUAAUGAUAUACAUUGCCUGGUUCUCGUCAUUCAGUUUUCUUGCUGCCAUGGCUUUUCUAGAGGGCUAUUUCCAGACCAACAGUACUCUCCGGAUCCUACGAGUCUUCUUUAUGUUCAUGCUGGCCUCCCUUUUGAUUGUCGCAUUACUACCGACUGGAAGCCAUAAUUGGCUUAAUCUGCUACCAAUGGACAAAAGCUUCUACCCUAGCUUAGAAGCUAUAUGCUACUUCCGUCAAUUGACAGUGCUGAGCUUCAACGCUCAGAAAGGUCCGAAAUUAUGGUCCAUGAUCAUAUCAAUCGUUGUGGUUGGACUAUCAUAUAUCCACACUGGAAUCCGGCUCUUUGAUCCAACAUCUGAGAUGUCUCGCAAAAUACUUCGACAUGGGCCGGCAUCGUAUGUCAAGCAAUGCCUCCGGUUCUUGGAGGACAGGACCAUUGCAAAGAAAGGCCUGGUAGCCAUCCUUUGUACUCCCAUCUAUCUCUUUCUUUACGCGGCGUAUGCAAGCGCCCGCGCCUUCUUCGACUUCCUCGAAUCCAUGCUUUUCGAGAUCAUAUGGCUAUCAUUUGCAGUUGCUUGGGGAUCCAUCAAGUUGUACGACACAAGAAGAUCCGUUCACUAUAACUCAGACGCCGAAUGGAUUGAUGACAGCGGAGACAUCCUUGAAGAAAACAUAUGGUCCUUUGGGCAAAUCUUACCGCUCGUCCUUCUGUUGCUUCCCAUUCUCGGUAUGAUUCAGGCAUACUUAGACAAUGAUGCAAAGGAGGCGGAUACUGCCCGCGACAGACAUAUUGCUGAAAGGAUUGCAAACGAGGGUGGAGAGUCUGCAAAAGGAAUUUCUCGGCCGUCUUCCGCCUAUGCCAGCGGACAAGAUGGUACGCACCAGCAUCUCGAGUAUCCCCGACAUCCGGUUCCUCGUAAUCCCACACAUUAUCAUGAUGAUCCAUCGGUGGACACUGAACAUGGUGAAAUGCAAGAUGGAUCUUCGUUUCUUAGUAGCCGGCCAACAACUUCCACACAGAAGGACGCAAUGACCGAACCAUCAACUCCAACCACUUUGAUAUCUUCGCCGUCGGGCGCUAAGAGGAGUAUGCUUCCCCUCUAUCCAUAUAAAAACUUCUCACGCCUGGACUGGUAUCACGAUCAUAUCUGCCUUUACAUUCUCCAGACGCUACUAGUGGCUGGCUUUUCUCUCUUUUUGAUGGGCUACCAGUCGGGCUCGGAUUACCUUGGACUAUCGGUCUUCCUGAGAAGUCGCAUGUUCUAUAUCUGGAUGUUUGGUACAAUACCCGCCGCUUCUCUAGUACACCUUGCUGUUUGGUUUCUAGCAGCAGUCUUCGCGACACAACUGGGCUGGUCAAAAUGGCUGACAGAGAGGAAAACAAUUGUGAGAAUCCAAUCAGGCAGAGAUAUCAGAUGGUGGAAGAAGUCGAGGCUCGCAUUCAUAGCGUUGGUAAACAUAGUCAAGAUGGCGCUCGCGACGAAGACCCAGUCGCAAAACAUUUUUACCAAAUUGAAGGGAAAGGCGGCCAACAAGAUAUGCUUCGAUUGCGGCGCAAGAAAUCCAACAUGGUCGUCCGUACCGUUCGGUAUCUACCUAUGCCUCGAUUGCUCGGCGAAUCACAGAAACAUGGGUGUACACAUUUCAUUCGUGCGAUCAACGAAUCUUGAUAUCUGGCAAUGGGAUCAGCUCCGUAUUAUGAAAGUAGGCGGGAAUGAGAGUGCAACCAAGUAUUUCCAGACUCAUGGUGGUUCGGCGGCAUUGGCAAGCAAAGAUCCCAAGACAAAGUACACGAGUAAUGCGGCAACCAAAUACAAGGAGGAGUUGACAAGGCGAUGUGCUGCGGAUGCUAAACAGUUCCCUAACGAGGUGGUGAUAACGGACAUUGCCGACCCCACAAGUUCGGACGGAACCAACACUCCCGCUGGAGACAACGAUGACGAUUUCUUCUCUUCAUGGGACAAGCCCACGAUUAAGCGCCCGUCGAACCCACCAUCCCGAACAGGCACACCAUCGCAGCGUGCCGCAUCACCCUUCCUAAAGCCCGACGGCAACAAUGGAACCGCACGCCCCAAGUCGCCACUCUCCGCUACAUCUUCUGAGCCCUCAACACCUGCCGCAAUCCCCGCCGUUAAGCCCACAGUUCGCAAGACAGCGUCAGGCGCUGGCGCAAAGAAGAACAUUCUUGGUGCAAAGAAGAAGGGUCUUGGUGCGAAGAAGGUUGUGCCCGCCGACGGCGGACUCGAUUUCGAGGAGGCAGAGCGUAAAGCCCGGGAAGAGGCUGAGCGCAUUGAGAAACUUGGUUACGAUCCUGAUGCCGAAGCCGCCGAAGCCGCAUCAUCUGCGAAGGCUUCGUCGAGCACAGCCGCUACUACCAUUGUAUCUCCUACACCUGUUUCACCGCCCCGAGCUGGCUUUGGAGCCACUAAGCCUGAGCGCAGCAGCCAGGACAUGGAGAGAUUGGGCAUGGGCGUAGCUAGACUAGGAUUUGGACAAGUUGGCGCAGCAAAGGCCGCCGCCGCACCUAAGAAGAUGGGAGGAUUCGGCAGCGUGUCCAAGGCUCCCGUCGACAACGACGACGAAAAGUAUGCUCGUGAGAAGUUCGGAGUCCAGAAGUCCAUCUCCAGCGACGAGUUCUUCGGCCGCAACGCAUACGACCCGAGUGCCACAGCACAGGCCAAGGAGCGAUUAUCUGGUUUCGAAGGCGCCACCGCCAUCUCUUCCAACGCCUACUUCGGCCGCCCGGAGGACGACAUCCCCGAGGACGACUACGGCGACCUCGAGGGCGCCGCCAAGGACUUCGUCCGCAAGUUCGGCGUCACCGCCGGCGACGACCUCGAGAACCUGACCAACCUCCUCGGCGACGGCGCCCAGAAACUGCAAGGCGCCAUCCGUAACUAUCUUAACUCGUAG